AUGUCCGCGGCCGCCGGGGCUCCUCCUCCACCACCCCCGCCGCCGGGGCCAUUUGCCCGUGGUAAUCCUUUCGAUGAUCUCCCUGCUGAACUGCUCCUCAUAAUCUACGAAUAUGUGGGCAAUAGUAACCUGAUCAAUCUGGCCUUGGCCAUUUAUCCUACCUUUCAGCGCCACAAUCUCUCCCCAGAACUUACCCCAAGCACUCUCGCCCACAUGCUGAACCUGUCACAUAGACCCCCAAUGUAUCCAGGAAUAGUCUACAUGCCUGCAGAACUUUGGCUGUGUGUGGCUCGCUAUCUAGAGCCUGCUGAUAUCCUGUCCAUGAUGUUUACUUUCGGAGCAGUCUUUGGCCAGCCGCUCACUCCAAGUACGAGAGAUAGGUUGAGAGUUUGGAGUCGGCGAUUGAGGGAGAAGGGGUGA